AUGAUCAAAUUCCUGAGCACGAGAGCGUUGCGAUGUGCGAGCGUUGCGACUCCAUGCGAUGGUCGUGGACUCCACAGUUUCCUCCACUCGUCAGCACGUGGGUUCUCGGCCCAGGCCGCCCGUCUGCUCGAGCAAUGUCCAAGCGACUCGGAGCUCCCGCCUUCAGACUUCGACUCUCGUUCCUACGCCGGUAUGCUCCAAGACUGCAUCCGCAGCGGCGACCCCACUUUGGCCAGGCCUCUCCACUGCGACGUCAUCAAGAGGGGUGCUUGCCUGGACUUGUUCGCUUCCAACAUCCUUCUCAAUGCGUACGUGAAGUCCGAGCUCUUGGGGGAUGCAUGCAUUCUUUUCGACGAAUUGCCCACGAGAAAUACCAUAUCGUUUGUGACGUUGAUCCAGGGCUUAGCGCAGGCCCUCCGGUUUGGCGAGGCUGUCGAAUUUUUCGUUAGGCUGCAUAGGGAGGGGCACGAGCUGAAUCCAUUUGCUUUCACUACUUUCUUGAAAUUGCUUGUGAGUGUGGUGAGGGCAGACAUGGCUGGUGCUGUUCAUGCAUGCAUAUGUAAGUUGGGCCAUGCUACGAAUGCUUUUGUUGGGACAGCUUUGGUAGAUGCUUACUCUGUGGGUGGAUAUGUUUCCUGCGCCAAGGAUGUUUUUGGUGGGAUUGUUUUCAAGGACAUGGUUUCCUGGACUGGGAUUAUAUCCUGCUGCGCUGAGAAUGGAUGCUUCGAAGAGGCCAUGGGUUUCUUCUCUCGGCCGAAAGAGUUUGACUUCGCCAUGGCUUUUUGGAGAAGAAAAAGAAGGAACGUUUCUUGGAGUUUUCUGGGGAAGUUUUUGGAUGGGGGAGGUUUUGAUUUUCUUGGCAGAGUGGGGAGUUGCCGAAUGGUGAAGGAGACGAUGAACAGUGGAUCCAGGGGAGGGUCGCCAGGCAGCCGCGAGCUCGCCGCUGGUUCUUUGUGUGGGGGUCCUUUUAAAAAAAAAUUAAAUUAA